ACACUUCAGCGUGGAAAUUUCGCAACUUAAGUCCUGCCAUUGCAUACAGCCCUUCCACAGUUAAUGUGCAGCCAGCUGGGAAGUAGAAGAGGUACUGUGUUUACACUGACGGCAGAAGAGGGUGUAUAAACUGGACGGUCAUUGGCCAGCGAUAAGCGCACGCGGGAGGCCGACAUUCCGUUACAGUUGCUGCAGCGGUCAGUCCGAGGCCAGUGUCCACGAGGGAAAACGCAAUGCUCCGCGUAUGUUCUAUCCUGCGUAGGGGCGCCGUCCCUUGCAUUCGCCUUCCUCUCGAACGUCACCUUACGACGCAGUCAUGGCUACAGAGUCUUUCUUCGAAGAACUCCGAAUUUCCUGCACGUCACAUUGGACCACGCGAGCGCCAACAGACCGAAAUGCUGGAGCUCAUUGGCUACAAGUCGCUGGAUGAUAUGACCAAUGAUGCAGUGCCCCAGAACAUCCGACUGAAUAAGGACCUAGAUAUUGAUGAUCCAACAAGUGAAUAUGAGCUAAUAAAACGUAUCCAGGAGAUAGCAAACAAGAACAAAGUGUGGCGUAGUUAUAUAGGCAUGGGUUACAAUAAUUGUUGUGUUCCUCACACAAUUAUGAGAAAUAUAUUUGAAAAUCCUGGCUGGACCACACAGUACACACCUUAUCAGCCAGAAGUAGCUCAGGGCAGGCUGGAAGGACUGCUGAAUUACCAAACAAUGGUAUGUGACCUCACAGGCAUGGAAGUAGCUAAUGCUUCCCUAUUAGACGAAGGUACAGCAGCUGCUGAGGCUAUGAGUCUAUGCUACAGGCAAAACAAAAGAAGACGUUUAUUUCUAUCACAUCUACUUCAUCCACAAACAAUUUCUGUUGUGGAAACAAGAGCUGAUUCACUAGGAUUGUCCAUAGAAGUAGGAAAUGUAUUCCAAGCUGACUUCACAAACAGAGAUAUAGCAGCCGUCCUUUUCCAAUACCCUGAUACAGAAGGAACUGUUAAUGAUUUCACAGAGGUUGUACAACGUGCUCAUUUAAAUGGUACACUGGUAUGCUGUGCAACAGAUUUACUAGCACUCACUCUUCUACGUCCUCCAAGUGAGUUUAAUGUUGAUAUUGCUGUUGGAACCAGCCAAAGGUUUGGAGUGCCAUUAGGAUAUGGUGGGCCACAUGCUGGGUUUUUUUCCUGUCGUCAGUCUCUUGUAAGACUGAUGCCUGGACGUAUGAUUGGGGUUACAAGAGAUGCUGGAGGUCAUGAUGCCUAUCGAUUGGCUUUGCAGACUCGAGAGCAGCACAUCCGUCGAGAUAAGGCAACUAGUAACAUUUGUACAGCUCAGGCUCUGCUGGCCAAUAUGGCUGCAAUGUAUGCUGUGUACCAUGGACCAGAAGGGCUUCGCAAGAUCGGUCAACGUGUCCAUACGUCUGCUCUUAUUCUAGCAGCAGGUAUAAAGGAAAAUGGGAACACAGUCCUCAAUCCUAUGUAUUUUGACACAAUCAAGAUAACACCUAGCAUGGAUUGUGCAGAAAUAUUGCACCGUGCACGCCAGAAGGAGAUUAACCUCAGAGUAUAUGAUGAUGAAAUGAUAGGUGUGUCUCUGGAUGAGACAGCAGGGCUUGAAGAUAUAAAUGAUUUACUGUGGAUCUUUGGGUCCCGAUUAACAGCAGAAGAGGUAUCCCAGAAUACUGCUGCACUAAAUGGAAUUCUGCAGUCAGACUUCAGACGAACAUCACCAUUUUUGACACAUCCUGUCUUUAAUGAACAUCAUUCUGAAACCAGAAUUGUCCGUUAUAUGAAAUAUUUGGAAAAUAAAGACUUGUCACUUGUUCAUUCCAUGAUACCACUAGGAUCAUGUACUAUGAAGCUAAAUAGCACAACUGAGAUGCUGCCUUGCAGUUUUCGUAACUUCACAGACAUUCAUCCUUUUGCACCACUUGAUCAGUCAAUUGGGUACCAACAGUUGUUUGAAGAACUGCAGAAGGACUUGUGUGAAAUAACUGGAUAUGAUCGGAUUUCAUUUCAGCCCAACAGUGGAGCUCAAGGAGAAUAUGCUGGUCUUCGAGCAAUUAAAGGCUACCAUGAAGCUCGAAAUGAAGGACAUCGAAAUAUUUGUCUGAUACCUGUUUCUGCACAUGGAACAAAUCCAGCAUCAGCACAGAUGGCUGGCAUGAAAGUUGAACCAAUAAAUGUACGCCGUGAUGGCAGUGUUGAUAUUGAUCAUCUGAAAGCAAAGGUGGAGAAAUAUCAAAACAAUCUAUCAUGUUUAAUGAUCACAUAUCCAUCAACAAAUGGUGUGUUUGAAGAAACAAUUGCUGAUGUUUGCAGUUUAAUACAUGAACAUGGUGGCCAGGUAUAUUUAGAUGGAGCAAAUAUGAAUGCCCAGGUUGGUUUGUGCAGGCCUGGUGACUAUGGUUCUGAUGUUUCACACCUGAACCUGCACAAAACAUUUUGCAUACCUCAUGGAGGAGGCGGUCCAGGAAUGGGUCCAAUAGGCGUAAAAGCUCAUCUUGCUCCAUUCUUACCAACGCAUCCUAUUGUCAAUCCAAUGGCUGAUAUGGGUAAACAGUCGAAGUCUUUUGGUGUUGUAAGUGCUGCACCAUUUGGUUCCUCUGCAAUCUUACCAAUUUCAUGGGCAUAUAUAAAGAUGAUGGGCCCAAAAGGCUUGAGGAAAGCAACCCAAGUUGCCAUAUUAAAUGCUAAUUACAUGAGUAAAAGAUUAGAAGAUCAUUAUCCAACUUUGUAUAAGGAUCAGCGAACUGGACUUGUUGCACAUGAAUUCAUAAUUGAUGUGAGAGAUCUCAAAGACAAAACAAAUAUUGAAGCAGUAGAUAUAGCCAAAAGACUUAUGGAUUAUGGAUUCCAUGCACCUACUAUGUCAUGGCCAGUCAGUGGGACACUUAUGAUUGAACCAACAGAAUCUGAAGACAAGAAAGAACUUGACAGGUUCUGUGAUGCGCUUAUCAGCAUCAGACAGGAAAUAAGGGACAUUGAAGAAGGAAAAAUGGAUAUACGUAUAAAUCCACUAAAGAUGGCACCUCAUACUCAGACUGAUGUUGUUUCAAGCAAUUGGGAUCGUCCAUACACAAGAGAGCAAGCUGCUUUUCCUGCUCCAUUUGUACGAGCAGACAACAAGAUUUGGCCAAGUGUAGGUAGAAUAGAUGACAUAUAUGGAGAUAAGCAUUUAGUCUGUACUUGCCCACCAGUAUUAUCUGAUUAUUAGAUUAAGUUAUCAAUCAUUGUUCAUUUCUAUUUUGUGAAACACAUUCAAGGCAGAUUAAUGUACUUCUCCUGGAAUUUAUAACAAAAGGAAACAAGGGUAACAAAUAGAUCUUUGAUAUUGCUCAUGUUAAAGAAACCAUAGACACAGUUAAAGAUUUAAAAUAGUUCCUGUGUUGUCAAACAUGCCUUUAUCAUAGGAAAUAUUAUUUUUCUUACUAAAAGAAAUUCAUAAUGUUUUCUGUUCAGAAAACUGUAAGCAUAGCAGUAUUUUAAAGUGUUAAUACAGCCUGCAUCAUCUAAAAUUGACAAUUGCACUGAAUCAUUUUAUUUCAUUGUAAUUUGACAAAUAUAAUAAACUGACAUAAUGUAUAAACCUUCAA